AUGAAAGUUGCUGUGAUUAUUAGUGGAAACCUGGUUUUCACUCUAGUGGAUGUUGUGGUCACCACAGUCUUGUAUGUUCAUGGAUCAAGUCUUGAUAUAUUUUCAGAAGAAUUAGAGGAAUUUGACAUACACCGCUCAACAGUGGACUUGUGGGGAACAGUUCUCAUACGGGCCAGUCUUCUUUUCGGGGCCUCCAUCGGGGUGUUCUGUAACAGGAGUGAUGGUCCACAAAGGGUUUCAAACAUGGGGACACUGGUUUCUCUCAUAUGCCUUACCAACAUGACUUAUGCUCUUGCCAAGUUGUUGAUGAUUUCUGAGGAGGGAGCUCUGAUGUAUGACCCCUGGUUCCUAGGUUUGUUCUCCUGGACUUGCACAUCAGCAAUAGGCAUCAUGAUCUCAUGGAAGCUGCUGUCACAGACUCCCAAUGCUGUAUCUGAAAGAGAGGAUAGCGAGGAGACGGAGAGGCUGGUGGAUGGCAUCGAGACAGAAGAUGAGUCCAGUAAGAAGAGCUGGAAAUCAAGGAAAGAGCAUCCCCAUUCAGGGGCCACAAUUGGCCGUCUCUUGUCGUACUGUAAGAAGGACUCUGGUUUGCUGGCCAUUGCUUUCUUCUUUCUUCUCCUCUCUGCUGUGUGUGAAGCUUUUAUACCUUAUUACACGGGGCAAGCGAUAGAUGGCAUAGUUAUCCAGAAAAGCAUGGAUCAUUUUGCGAAACCAUUGAUUAAUCUCACUGUUUUGGCUUUGGUCAGCUCCAUAGGCACUGGGUUUCGUGGAGGUGUCUUUUCCGUUACGUUUGCCAGGUUAAACAUUCGACUUCGGAACCUUCUCUUUAGAUCACUAAUGCAUCAGGAGAUUGGGUUCUUUGAUGCCAACCAUACAGGUGACAUUACCUCUAGACUUACCUCAGACACUACUCAGGUGAGCGACCUCAUCUCACAAAAUGUCAACCUGUUCCUGCGCAGCUUUGUGAAAGCUGUGGGCAUCUUCAUAUUCAUGUUUGGCAUGUCAUGGAAGCUGUCUGUAGUCACCAUUAUGGGUUUCCCAUAUAUAGCCGUGGUCUCCAAGCUGUAUGGAGAGUAUUACAAGAAAUUAACCAAAGAAGUUCAGACUGCACUGGCUCAGGCCAAUAAAGUGGCAGAGGAAACAAUAUCAGCCAUGAGAACAGUGCGAAGUUUCGCUAAUGAGGAUCAGGAAGGAGACUCGUACUACAGCAGACUUCAGGAGAUGUUCAUUCUUAAUAAGAAGCAAGCAGUUGCCUAUGCCUGCUUCAUGUGGUCCAGCUAUGUCUCUGAGUUGGCCUUGCAAGUAGCAAUCCUGUUUUAUGGAGGCCACCUAGUGGUGACAAAUCAGAUGAGCGGAGGUACCCUUAUUUCUUUUAUCAUCUAUGAGCUGGAGCUGGGAGAGGCCCUGGAGAGUAUAUCGUCAGUGUACACAGGUCUGAUGCAAGGCGUUGGCGCUGCAGAGAAAGUGUUUGAAUAUAUUGACAGGAAACCUAAACAUACCCUUGAUGGUCAAGAAACUCCAGAGACAUUAGAAGGGCAGGUGGAAUUCAAAAAUGUGACGUUUGCAUAUCCAACACGGCCAGAGAUGGAUAUAUUAAAGAAUGUAUCCUUCAGUCUUCGCCCAGGGCAAGUAACUGCACUGGUAGGGCCCUCUGGUGGUGGAAAAAGCUCCUGUGUGUGUUUGCUGGAGAACUUCUAUGCCCCUCAGCAAGGCCAAGUGCUAGUGGACGGCCGACCUGUGAAAACCUACCACCACAAAUAUUAUCACUCUAAGGUAGCACUGGUGAGUCAGGAGCCUGUUCUAUUUGCCCGCACUGUUCAGAUGAAUAUAUCCUAUGGUGUACCUGAAGCUCCCAUGGAAGCGGUCAUCAGAGCAGCCAUUAAUGCCAAUGCACAUGACUUCAUAACCAGCCUCUCCAAAGGCUAUGAAACUGGGGUUGGAGAGAAGGGCACUCAGCUUUCUGGUGGGCAAAAACAGAGAGUUGCCAUUGCUCGGGCUCUCAUCAGAAACCCUUGCAUUCUCAUUUUGGAUGAAGCCACAAGUGCACUGGAUUCAGAAAGCGAAUACAUAGUUCAGCAGGCUCUGAACAACUUGAUGCGAGAACGCACGGUUUUAGUGAUUGCCCACAGACUGAGCACAGUGGAAAGAGCAGACAACAUCCUAGUGAUCGACAAAGGCUGUGUGGUGGAGCAGGGCCCACAUGCAGAACUCAUGGCCAGGGGAGGCCUCUACUGUAAGCUGGUGCAGAGGCAGAUGGGGACUGAAAUAGAUGCAGAUGUUCACCACCCAUCACCAGCCCCACCAUGGGAGCUGAAGGAAGGAGAUAAGGAGAGUGCAGAGGACUGUAGCGACACUGAGCAUGAAGCACACUACUAAGACACUACUAAGAAGAGUUGAAAUGUGCUUCACUUGA